AUGGACACGAGCGACUACGAAACAAAUGUUUUUCUGAUAACCGGUAUCUCGUCAAUCUCCUUUCAGAUCUACGAACCGAGUCCCGACCAGUCGCAACCGUUCGCUUCAAUAGCACCCGACUUGGAAACCACACUACAGGAUGAAGGCCGCAUACUCCAUUAUGACACGACCAGGCGCGCUCUGUGGCACUUCUAUAUCCAAGGGGCUCCUGCUUCGGCAUCCGGACAGGAUGGAGGCCACGGCGGUCACAGUCUGGGCGCGACGCUCGAGUUUGGUGGUCUCCGCCUAGGCUUGGCCGAAGAGGGUUCUUUCGAACCUGUACAUCUUUUCAAGGGGAGGCACUUUGGCCCUCGCUCUGCGAAUACGCCGACGAGCUCGUCUUCCCCGGGUGCCUCUGUGCUGGAUGCUAGCCUGCGGCUGGCCACCUCUUCCGGCCCGGCGACCUCGGCAGGUCCCAGCUCCGGCGACCAAGACACGAAGAAGGCACCCAUGACCAUGACAACCUCAGCCGCUGACGGCAAGACAACUUCCGUUACGGUCAAAGAUGCCUACGAACAUUUCAUCACGGCAACGCUCGCGACCACUUCAGCCUCCUUCUGCCGCCGUACUGGCGCGAUCCCUUUGAAUGACCGAAGUGUCUUGCUGGGUUCCAAAGUAACCGGGCCUGAUGACCGAGAGGACGGUAUUUUUAAGCAGGAAAUGGCCGUCAUCGGAACCUUUAGAGUCUAUCUUACGACCACAGGUUCCUUGCUUGCCGGUCUCUCUCUGUCUUUGAGUGAGGGUCUCAUGUCCAUGAAUGAAAUCCCCAGUACGGGCCAGACGCCUCUGGCUUCACAGGUGCUUGUGGCGCCAUUCGGGGUCUUGGGAAAUUACCAGGGUCUCGCCAGUGCGCUGCCGUAUCCUGAUGCAGCUGGCCAAACGCCAGAUCCUCGGCUAUGGCGCGUGCGGCCUGACCAAGAGUCGACGCCCUCGCAGUGGAGAGAAGCAUGCACUCGGAUUCUUCGCGGUCGAGGGCUACCUCGCGAGGCUCUCCAGAGCUGUACAUGGAUCGCGCUCCAGCUCUUCCGCCGAAGACACGGUGAACAGAAGGCCGAUGGCAAGGCGACCCCGCUUCCCAAUGCACCACUCAUCUCUUGGCCUUCCAUGCUUUGUUUCCGGAAGAAGUCCAUCUCCUCAGCCAUGAGUACCAACGACAGCGGAUUGGGACCCCAUUCCAUCGGGGAGCUAACAGAUUCGCUUCUUGAGGCGAAGACAUGGUUCGAUUCGGACCAAGGGAGGGAGGAAGCCCUCGCCCAUCGCCGGAAAGCAAGAGAAAUGGCAGCUUCUCGGGAACUUCAGUCUACACACUUACCAUUACAACCACCUCAUGAUCAUUCUCCGAUAGAUACAAGACGAGCUGCCAAUGGCGCAGCGGCAACUGCCAUGUAUCCGACGCCCCCAGACGGGGUGCAGCAUCCCCUGGGUAUUACUCCCGUGGCUGCCGUAGAAGGCAACAUAUCCAGUCCCGGAGCUCCAUCAUUCACCGUUGCUCCGGUGGACGCCGACAUGAACGUGGGCAACACGAGCGCGCAUGCUGCUCCUAACAGUGGUCAAGAUUCAUGGGAUGAACAAGAAGCUCGGCGAGAACGGGGAGACUCAUUCCUCGAGGGUGAUCCGGUAUUCGAUGACAUGGGCGGGGAUAUGUUUGGCGAUGCCGACGUGACAGAUGCUGAUUUCAGCUUCUUCGACGAUCAACCUGGAGACGGAUCUCUUGGUCAUUCGAGGAUGCCUGAAGCUGCGAUUCCAGAGGGCCCGACGAUACUUCAUUCGGUACCAAGUCGAGAUAGGUCGUCUCUGGCCGCAUCUAUUGCCAGAAUAGACGCCCCCAAAGAGAGCAAGGAUUCCGGACAAAGCUCCCCAACGUUCACCAAGCCAGAAUUGAGGCAUGCUCGGAGCAUUCUCAACAAUGACGAUCCAAAACCGCGGACCAAGGAUGGCGAUGAUCACAACAGCAUCAUCCUCGGCGCUAGAAAGCGAGAACUCAGUCCUUUCGACCCUGAUACCGUGUUCAAGAAAGUCCGAGCCUCUCUUAUUCGACCAAGUUCUUCUCCCAAUUCCAACGACAUCCCACCCCGCAAGGGCAGUGUUUUUGACGGGGUUACAUUUAAUCCAGAACUCCCCCUGACCAACAAGAAGUACGAGGCUGGAGGUCGCUUCGACUGUCGUUGGACACCUUCGCAGCAAGAGUCCCUCCGGCCUUCGAACGAGCCCCCAACCACGGACUACCUGCGACGCCACGGAAACCUCCAACUCAGACGCCCCAAGUCAGAUCGUACCAAUGCUUUGCUCCAGGCCAUCACUGGACAUCUAGAAAAUAGCACUCUACAUGCGAACCCGGAUGAGAUGGAGGAGAUCACAUCUGAUGCUGACGAUGCGAGUGUGGAGUCGGGGCGGAUGGAUUCGCCAGAGUCGAGCGACGAGCCGGCCUCUCCAUUCAAAUCAACCACGAGACGUUUGAAUCUAGAUGAUGAUAUCGCAUCCUAUGCAACUUCUGUGAGGGACGUUGAAUCCGUGGUCGAUGAAUCCGAUCCAUCCCUGGCGCUGGACUUACCGAGGAUAGCGAAAUCCGAAGCUCCUGAGAUUGCAGUGACCAAAUACUUCGAAGACCCAGAGCCAUUAUCAACAUCGUUAUCUUUAUCUGACGAGAACAUCAUCUUCGUUGCACAAAUACUAACGGAACAAGUGAUCUCGGGGACUCUUCACCUUCGAGGCCCCCAGCCCAUAACAUUCAACCGGGCACACUCCCUCGGAGCGCGUCGACAGCUAGCCUCCCUUGGGAGGUCGUCAUCCCAGGCUCUACGGGAUAUCAUUUCUAUGACAAUGGGAAACGCUUCGAGAUGCCGACUACGAAGCAUGAUCGAAGUGGCUGACGUCCCGUUGCUUGGUCCACCGAGCAGAUUUCAACCCCGGCCUGUCCCGUCGCGGGAUCCGAAUGCUGAGCCCCCCAAGCCCAACAACUUUUACCAAAUACCGCCGCCGCACAUAGAAGUGAAGCGUCUAGACACGAAACUGUCGAUUCUUCCGUCAGCGGUGACUUUUUGGGACACUAUGGGCCUUUCUCCUUCUCAGGGCCCUAAGGACAUUUUAGGCGCCUGUAUCUUUCCGAAUGCUGAAGGCAUGUCCGCUAAUGCCGCCAUGUACCUGGAGCGAAUACGGCAUACCUAUGAGUUUCUAAAGCUGGGUACUUUCGACGCUCUCCCCGGCCAUGCCGAGACGGCGACAGACGGAAUUGUGCCCUGGGACAUCCUCCCUGCCCUCGUCUCUCCAACUAUGCCGACGACGGUGGACGGCUCCACUUUGACUGAGAGCAUGGCUGCUCUGAAUCAGCGCCUAUUGACGACCGACGUGGCCGAGAAGAACUUUGUGGUAUUUCUUCCGUACAUCCCGAGUCGUCCCGAAUCCAUCAUGGAAGUUUGUACGGCUUUUCAGCAAUUGUUCGAGAUGUAUAAGAAGUCGCUUUUCGAGAAGAGGCAAACGCCGUCAAACGAGCUGGUUCUGCAGCUGAUACCCGUCGAUUUCCUCACGUCCGUCUCCGGCAUGCCGACCUCUGUACCCAACGAUCUCACCGGAUUGGCAAUGGAGGUAUACGAUCGAUGUACGGUCUUUGGUGGCCCGAUGCCUGCGCCUGCCGUUGUCCUGGAACAAAGCAUACCGAGGACCAUCGACUUCAGAUUGAGCCAGACAAGCUCUUCGUCUCUUAUGAACGAGAACGCAUGCAUGCACAUCGCCUAUGCUCAGAGCAUCGACGAACGUUGGAUAACGGCGGCAUGGACCGACAACAGGGGGAGCCAGCAGAUGACGGCUUCUUACAGCCUCGGGAGAAAGGGGAAACCGCUUUCGGGGCAAUUUACCGACGUCGCCAACGAGAUCUGGGAGACGACUCACGACCUCAUAUCAAGGUGGAAGGUCCACUGGCGUGUCAUCAUCGCCAAAUGCGGACACAUGGAACAGAGCGAGAUGGACUUUUGGGUGGCUCUAGCACAGACCGAGUCGCAGGCUUCCAUCAGCCUUACGCUCAUCACCGUAGAUACGGAUCCGUCGUUGCAGCUGAUACCCCCGGCUAUCAAAGCGCCCGUUACGGCCGCGACGUCGUUUUACUCGACACCCGUUUCGACUCCCCAGCCAACCACCACCCUCUCCCCCGAGCAGAGCGGAGCACCGGCGACACCGGUUAAGGACCCCGGUCAAGGUGCAGCCACACCGGGCGGAAACUCGGGAGGGAACGUGGAUGGUGGCACGAGCAGCGAGCCAGCCGAAGGCGACGCCAUUCUGAUCGACCUGACCGACCAGGCCUGGGGCGCGAUCCUAUCUCACCGUCUUGGCAACUCCAACGUUGCGGGAUGCUUGGACUCGGCGCUCGUCAGCGGGUACCUGAUCAAACGCGGCGGCCCCAACGCGGAAGACCCGCCUGUGGCCAUGGAAGUCAACAUCGUCCACAGCGACGGCCACCCGAGGGCGCACGAGGCGCUUUUACGGGAGAUGCUGCACAAGUUCAGGGGGCUGGGGACGUUGGCGCGGGCGAGGGGCAUGGUGGACCGGGAGACGGAUGUGAGGCCGUGGCAUAUUGCGGCGGCGGAGAAAGGCGUUCGGGCUUUAUAUCUCUUGAUGUAG